CAAGGUGGCAGCACUUUUGCUUGACAGGCCAUACCAAAGAAGAAGUUCUUUUUAUAGUUGUUUUGUUGCAGGUAGUAUUUUGUGUCACACUUUCCAGUGUAAUCAUUUUAAAAUGGAUAUUUUGAAGGCUGAAAUCGCAAGGAAGAGGAAGUUAAUGGAAGAGAAGCAGCUCGUAGAUGACAACAAGAAGUAUUUCAAACGAUCAGAGCUUGCACGCAAGGAAGAAGAGGAUUAUUUCAAAAGAUGUGGUUACAAGGUUACUAUUGAAAAGCCGGUGGGACAGCUGGAGAAGAAAGAGGAGGAGCCAAAGCCGUCCAGUUCGACCAAUCCCGUUCUGGAACUGGAGUUGACAGAGGAGAAGCUUCCGAUGUCACUGUCUCGCCAGGAGGUGAUUCGCCGGCUUCGAGAGCGUGGGGAGCCAAUCAGGCUGUUUAGCGAGUCAGACUACGAGGCCUUCCAGAGGCUGAGAAAGAUCGAGAUCCUGGCACCUGAGGUCAACAAGGGUCUAAGGAAUGACCUGAAGGCAGCCAUGGAUAAGAUUGACCAGCAGUACCUGAAUGAGAUUGUGGCAGGAAAUGAGAACGGCGAGCAGGACUCACAGGAUGACCUGAAGGUGCACGAGGCGGACACCACCAUCGAAGAACUGGAGGCUCUGGGUGAGUCCCUUGGUACCGGAGAUGACUAUAGGGACAUGGACGUCAUUGAAAAAGUCUUACGGUUCUUACUAGGUGUGUGGGCCAAGGACCUCAACUCCAGGGAGAAUCACGUGAAGCGCAGUGUCGCGGGCAAGCUGGCCAGUGCCACGCAGACACAGACGGAGGCCUACCUCAGACCUCUCUUCAGGAAACUCACCAAAAAGACCUUACCUGGAGAUAUCAAAGAAUCCAUCACAGACAUCAUUAAGUUCAUGCUGCAACGGGAGUAUGUAAAGGCAAACGAUGCCUACCUGCAGAUGGCCAUCGGCAAUGCCCCCUGGCCCAUUGGGGUGACCAUGGUGGGCAUCCACGCCCGUACGGGACGAGAGAAGAUCUUCUCCAAACACGUGGCACACGUGCUUAAUGACGAGACGCAACGCAAGUACAUCCAGGGGAUGAAGAGGCUGAUGACCAUCUGCCAGAAGCAUUUCACCACAGACCCCUCCAAAUGUGUGGAGUACAACGCCCUCUGAUGGCAGCACAGAAACCAACGCCCCUUUUUGGCUGUCAUGGAUGGACAUGUGUAAAUAAAUACAGUACAUGAGGAUUCGUUCCUCGAGUCAAUUUAACAUGCAGUUUACUAUGCGGUAUUGUCAUGCCAUUCACUUCAGAAUAGACAGAAAGCAGUGGACUACAGCAAUUGUAUGCGUGCGUGUCUGAGAGAGAAUAUUGUGAAUUGACUUUUUAUGGAUGAGGUGUUUAAGUUUUAUUAUGCAGAUCUCUACAAAUUGUGUGUAACGACGGAUGGGUGUGCGUCUGUAUUCGUAGUCCAAGGACUUUUUUGCCAUCAUGAUGUUCACCUUUUUGCAUUUGUGUUUUAAUUAAACGUUUUCAAAACAA